CAACCACAGGCCUGAAUUCACUCGAUGAACUAAUGACGCCUCAUAUCCUCGGAUUGACAUAAACAACACACCUCCUUUGGUUUCUAACAACCAGAUUCAUCGCUAAUGUCUACGUAGGUCAUCUCUUGCGGCCCAAGUUCGACUACCAAAUCAUGCAGUCGACGGAGAAGAUCAAGGCAGACUUGGAGCGUGAAUUCCUCAAGCCUCCGACCACCUUCAGUCCUCAAUGGCUCAACAAACUGCAACAGAGAUGGGACUACCAAACUCCAAACUACACUGAGCUCUGUCAAUUGGCACCUCCACAGACAAGAACUGUCACCCGCUUUACUCGCCAAGGUCUUGAAGGACGGGUCACCGGCUAUGAACAAGUCACUGUACCAGCCUCCAGCGCCACUGCCAAAAAUUCGACCUCGAUCCUGCGGAAACCUGCUGGACGAGCUGAUUUCGUACGUGGUGCUGCGGGGUUCUACCCUUUUGCUCCUGGUGGUCUGGACGGUGUCGAUGCAAUUCAAGCCUAUGAAGAUGAUGCUGCCCUCUUGGCGGAACACAGCACUCGCCAGAAGGGAAGUGCACUCUAUAAAAUCAUCAACUUUGGCACAGUCGAUGGCCUACUUGAGAUUCCACCAGGCUUCUCACGAGGCAUGAAGCUGCCAGAGAAAAAGUUAGAAGAGGCGGCAGAUAACAUUAUUGAAGUGGAGCAAGUCCUCGACGAGACCGACAUCCUCAAUGACCCCAGUUCCGAGCAGCCUGCCACGAUCAAUGGCCAGACUUCUUCGAAUUUGAGCGAAGAGGCAUCUGACAGUGACACAGAGGACGAAGACACAGACUUGGAUGAUUUACUCCCUAUUGAAUUCCCUUCGCUCGAGGCUCGAGGCCCACUCCUCGCCUCAUCCAGCAGGAAAUCGGGCAGAGAAUGGGCGCACGUCGUUGAUAUUGACAAAGAAAUUCCCAACUUUGCCGAAUUGGUCCCCGAUAUGGCACGCACCUGGCCUUUCGAGUUGGACACUUUUCAAAAAGAGGCUGUCUAUCAUCUAGAGAAUCGUGACUCGGUCUUUGUCGCUGCUCACACGUCUGCUGGUAAAACUGUGGUCGCAGAAUAUGCCAUUGCGUUGGCUGCCAAGCACAUGACGAAGGCCAUUUACACGUCCCCCAUCAAGGCCCUGUCCAAUCAGAAAUUUCGAGACUUCAAGGAGGUCUUUGGCAGUGAUGUGGGCAUUUUGACUGGCGAUGUCCAGAUCAACCCCGAGGCUAGGUGCCUCAUCAUGACCACGGAAAUUCUAAGAAGUAUGCUGUAUCGUGGAGCUGAUCUGAUACGAGACGUCGAGUUUGUCAUCUUCGACGAGGUGCAUUAUGUCAAUGACAUCGAACGUGGUGUUGUAUGGGAAGAGGUCAUCAUUCUGCUCCCUGAGCAUGUCACUCUGAUCCUGUUGUCAGCCACUGUGCCCAAUACCUAUGAGUUUGCGUCGUGGGUCGGCCGCACAAAAAAGAAAGACAUCUAUGUAAUUUCCACUCCAAAGAGGCCUGUUCCCCUUGAACAUUAUCUGUGGGCUGGGAAGGACAUGCACAAGAUCGUGGAUUCGGAAAAGAGGUUUCUCGCCAAAGGCUGGAAAGAUGCAAAUGACAUCUUGUCAGGGCUGGACAAAGUUAAAGAGCAGAAAGCCAUCGAACAGCAAGCACCUGCUCGAGGAGGCGGCAACAACCCUCGAGGAGGUCGGGGUCAGCAGCAGCGUGGUGGAAGCCAACGAGGCGGUGCGCAACAACGGGGCCGUGGUCAACCGGCCAACCGUGGUCAAGGAAAUAUCGCAAGAACUGGUCGUGGUGGUGGUCGAACAACCGCAAACCAAGACCGAAACAUCUGGGUCCACCUCGUGCAGUACCUUCGAAAGGAAAACCUCCUGCCCGCCUGCAUCUUCGUCUUUUCCAAAAAGAGGACGGAGGAAAAUGCCGACUCCCUGUCUAACCAAGACUUUUGCACCGCAGUCGAGAAGAGUGCAAUUCAUAUGACGAUUGAGAAGUCGAUUGCGAGGCUGAAACCCGAAGAUCGGAAGCUUCCUCAAAUCAAUCGAUUAAAAGAAAUGCUGAGUCGUGGUGUGGCAGUCCAUCAUGGAGGUCUGUUACCAAUUGUGAAGGAGAUUGUGGAGAUUCUCUUCGCAAAGACGCUCGUCAAGGUCCUCUUCGCGACCGAAACUUUUGCCAUGGGUUUGAAUCUCCCAACACGAACGGUUGUUUUCUCUGGCUACCGGAAACAUGACGGAAGGGAAUUCCGCAACCUUUUACCUGGUGAAUACACGCAAAUGGCGGGUCGUGCAGGGCGGAGAGGUCUUGACACUGUAGGUACCGUCAUUAUCGUCGCACCAGGCAAGACAGAAGCUCCACCAGCGGGAGAACUGAGUCAGAUGAUCACUGGCCCUUCCACCAAGCUUCGCAGUCAAUUCCGGCUGCAUUACAACAUGAUCUUGAACUUGAUGCGAGUCGAAGCAUUGAAAAUUGAGGAGAUCAUCAAGCGGAGCUUUUCAGAGAACGCCACCCAGGCACUUCUUCCACAACAUGAAAAGCAGGUGGCCCUAUCUCAGGAAAACCUCGACAAGAUCAAAAGAGAGCCAUGUAAUAUAUGUGAUAUCGAUCUGAAGGCGUGCCAUGAAGCAGCAAUGGUGUUUGAAAAGCUAACAAAAGAGCUUCAUAUGCGUCUCUUGUCCUCACCGAUUGGUCGUCGUCUCUGGUCUGCAAGGAGAUUGAUUGUCUUCAAAGAGCAUGGGAUUCGCAAAGUCGGGGUCUUACUUGACGACGGGCCACGACGGGGUCCAAGUCCUUACCUUCGGGUUCUCGUCAUCUCGGACAUCGACUCCAAGCGGUCCACUCAAGACCUGUUGCCGUACCUACCAGCUUUUCGCACGAUGUUCGCACCGCUCCCUGCGGAUGCAGCCAGCGUGAAAACUGCCGUUUCUCAGGUUUUGGUGGACGAUGUGGAAUGUGUUACCCAGGAGAUUGUCAAGGUUGAUUUGCGGUCGUUACUAAACUCAGAUACAGUGCAGAAGCAAUGGGCGGAGCAAGACUUUGUACAGCUUUACUCGAACUGGGCAUCGGCGGCCUGGCAAGAGCAGAAGUGGGAUCGAGUUAACGACUUGGGAGUUCGGGAUCUUUUAAUUGAACGAAACAAGAUGGCCGACAUUGCUCAAAAUGGGCAAUGCUUGCAGUGUCCCAACUUCAUCAAGCACUACGGGAUGCAGCAUGACGAAUGGCUAAUCCAGGAAAACAUCGAGUCACUCAAAUUGCUCAUGUCUGAUCAGAAUCUUUCAUUGCUGCCGGAUUACCAACAGAGGGUUGAAGUUCUGAAAGAUCUCGGCUUUGUCGAUGAGCAUUUACGAAUUCAGCUCAAGGGCAAAGUGGCAUGCGAAAUACAUUCAGCUGACGAACUUGUGCUGACGGAGCUCAUAUUGGAGAACGUGCUUGCAUCAUACGAACCAGAAGAGAUUGUCGCUCUACUGUCUGCCUUUGUAUUCCAGGAAAAGACUGACAGUGAACCCCAGCUCAGUGAAGGGUUGACUCGUGGCAAAGAAGCCAUCAUCGAGAUCGCGGAGAAAGUUAAUCACUAUCAGAUUCUACAUCAAGUCAUCCUUUCAUCCGAUGAUGCCAAUGAUUUUGUGUCUCGACCAAGAUUUGGGCUCGUCGAAGUCGUGUAUGAAUGGGCACGGGGCAUGUCAUUCAAGAAUAUCACCGACCUCACCGAUGUGAUGGAGGGAACGAUUGUACGAGUGGUGACGAGGUUGGACGAGACAUGUCGCGAGGUGAUGAGUGCAGCGAGGUUGAUAGGUGAUCCGGGCCUGUAUCAGAAGAUGGAGAAGGCUCGAGAGAUGAUUCGUCGAGAUGUGGUGUUUACCGCGAGUUUGUAUAUGUGAUAAGAUGAAGGAUGAGAGAUGGCGUGCGAGAAUUCAGAAGUCAGCAGUCUGAAUGGUUGGACUACCCAAUCCCUCAGAUCUCAGUAAACGCAGUGGAUGAUGAUAAACAUAGAUUGUUUCCGUCAAGACUCAAGAUGACGGCACAAACCGGCAGGCUUAUUACCUUGUCUUGUAGUUAAGUCGAAGUUGAC